AUGGAAGAAACAAAAGUUAUAUAUCAUAUAGACGACGAGGAUACACCGUAUUUAGUGAAAAUACCGAUUUCGCCAGAUAAAGUUACCCUUUUGGACUUUAAAAAUGUUCUCAAUAGGCCCAACUACAAGUUUUUCUUUAAAUCUAUGGACGAUGAUUUUGGUGUGGUCAAAGAGGAAAUAAUUGAAGAUUCAGCACAUUUGCCUUGCUUCAAUGGGAGAGUUGUUGGAUGGUUGGUGUCCUCUGACGGUUCUAACCAAUCAGAUGGCGGCUCGCAGUGCACAGACAGCGUAACGCACCAAUCAGAGCCGAGAUUGCCGCCACAGGCCCCCGAGUCUGUUUGUACCGAUACUGAGAGCAUAAUAAGUUCAAGACAGGGCAGAAGACAUCACAAAUAUUCCAGCAGGAUUAAUGGACACCUUCCGAGAGUUUACGAGACUGCUUCUAUAGUUAGUUCGGAUUUGGAAACAACUAGUUUCCAAUCCGAGACCACUGGAAGACACACUGCACUUUCAGAAUGCUCAAGUGUUAGUAGACUACAUGUGGCUGGUCGGAAAAGACCUCAAAGAAGGAGAAAACAAAGAAUACAGGCAAUGUCCCGAACAAGCUCAUAUUCCAGCAUUACAGACUCAACAAUGUCACUAAAUAUUAUCACAGUUACAUUAAAUAUGGAUACGGUGAACUUUUUAGGCAUUUCCAUUGUUGGACAAAGCAAUAAGGGUGGUGAUGGGGGUAUAUAUGUUGGCUCCAUAAUGAAAGGUGGCGCGGUGGCCCUCGACGGCCGAAUAGAACCCGGCGACAUGAUUCUACAAGUAAACGACGUAAACUUUGAAAACAUGUCCAACGACGAAGCCGUCAAAGUACUUCGCGAAGUGGUACAAAAACCAGGCCCCAUCAAACUCGUGGUCGCAAAAUGCUGGGAUCCGAACCCAAAGGGUUACUUCACAAUACCCAGAACUGAACCUGUUAGACCCAUAGAUCCCGGGGCCUGGGUGGCACAUACAGCCGCAGUAAGGGGGGAUCCCGUAGCACGCCCUCCUAGUAGUUCAACUGUCAGUAGUACUUCUAUAGCUAGUACUAUCCCAGCCAAUGAACGUGAGUUGCUACUUGGUCCUGACCUCGAUGAACCCCUAAACGUAAACUCCCCCAUGUCCCAGAUAGUGCAGCUAAUGCAAAGAGUCGACAGCGGUUUAGAAAUACGGGACAGAAUGUGGUUAAAAAUAACGAUCCCGAACGCUUUCAUCGGGACGGACAUGAUAGAUUGGUUACUGUCCCACGUUGAGGGUUUCCAGGACCGUCGGGACGCCAGAAAAUACGCGUCCCACCUACUUAAGGCUGGAUUUAUACGACACACCGUCAACAAGAUUACUUUUUCUGAACAGUGUUAUUACAUAUUUGGAGAUCUGUGUUCGGCUAUGAGUAAUAUGAAGAUACAGAGCGAUACAGAUUCGGUGGGACCGUUGCCGAACGUCCCGAAUUACAUGCCGUACAGUGGGACAUAUAACCCUUUGGAGUAUAUGCCGAUGCCAUUCUACAGUGAAAAUACUGUAUACGGUUAUAAUAAGGAGGAAUCGGUUUUGAGCGGAAGUGGCGGUUCCUCCAACGGCUCGGAGCACUUGAAGGAUGCCGCCGCCGGGCACAGCAGCGCCUCCGAUAGUGACCUAACCUCACUAGGUCCGAGGUCGAUGUGCCCUCCGAUAAACAGCGGAAACGGAAAUGGGUCUUCGAACGGUUCGGAUAAGAGCAGCGGGACUCAAGUCGGAGCGCAGAGCAAAGAUCUUGCCGUUUUAAGUUACCUAUAGGUCUAUGAAAGAAAAUUUUGCAUAAAAAAUUGCAAAGUAUUUUCGAAAAAGACCAAGGUGUUGUCAGUUAUCAAUUCACGCAAACCUGAAGAUGCAAAGAACGGCAACGUCGCUUAAACAACGUAUACUGUAAUUUUUUAAAGGCUUUGUACAGUUCAUUCAUAAAAAAAUAGUCGAUAAGAUAAAUAUAGCCUGUUUCAAAUCUAAGAACAUUUUCGUAUUUUGGCAUUAUAGAGCCUUGCCAAGUUAUUUUAAACAUAAUCAAAUGAAGAUUUGGAGUGGGUGUAAUAAGUAAUUUAUUAUUAUUAAAUGUAUAUGUCAAAUUAUUAUUUAUAGGGUUUUUUGUUUUAUUUUAGGGUAUCUCAUACACCCUGUAUAUCAUAUUUAUA